GGCUGGGGGCUGGCAGGAGUGUGCAGCGGCCGCCGAGGUCCAGCCCCGGGCUGCUCCCGGGACUCCGUGCCGGGCAUGGUUCAGGGUCCCAUGGGGAACUGUGCCAAGCGGCCCCGGCGCCUGGGGCCCAAGGACCCCCGGCAGUGGCCUGGCUCCCCUCCAGGGGGAUCCCGCCCCAGGCCCAGCCCCAGGCCCAGCUCCGGCCCCAAGGAGCAGGGGGGUCCCGAUCCUGGAGUCCCAGGCUACACGGUGCUCAACAGUCUGGUGGGGCCCGCCUGUAUCUUCCUGCGGCCCAGCAUCGCGGCCACCCAGCUCGACCGGGAGUUGCGGCCCGAGGAGAUCGAAGAGCUGCAGGUCGCCUUCCAGGAGUUUGACCGAGACCGGGAUGGCUACAUUGGCUACCGGGAGCUGGGUGCCUGCAUGCGGACACUGGGCUACAUGCCCACCGAGAUGGAGCUCAUCGAGAUCUCGCAGCAAAUCAGUGGUGGGAAGGUGGACUUCGAAGACUUCGUGGAGCUGAUGGGCCCCAAGCUGCUGGCAGAGACGGCAGACAUGAUCGGUGUCCGGGAGCUGCGGGAUGCUUUCCGGGAGUUCGACACCAACGGGGACGGCUGCAUCAGCUUGGUCGAGCUCCGGGCAGCCCUCAAGGCCCUGCUAGGGGAGCGUCUCAGCCAGCGGGAGGUCGACGAAAUCCUCCAGGACAUGGAUCUCAAUGGAGACGGCCUGGUGGACUUCGAAGAGUUCGUACGAAUGAUGUCCCGCUGAGCCUUUUCAGAAGCUGGAGGCAGCAGACGGGACUCGAGGACCCCAGCCUCUGCCCGCCAGUGCGUUCUGGGAUGCCCAUCACCUGCAGCUGGGACCCUCCUCCUCGCCUCCCCACCAUGCCUGCGUGUAGUUCCCUGACCUACCUUCACCCACCAUCUCCCCUCCAGCAAAGCCCCCUCACCCCAUCUCUGU